AUGGAGGCGGUGCAAACUCCCCGGUAUGACCUGGAUCUCGCCAGCUUUUGGCAGCUUGUGUUGGUCUACCUUGCGAUUUGCACGGUCGCGCAGGUGAUCGCAAUCCCUGUGGCAUGGAUUUUGUUUCCCAGGUCGCGGGACCUGAAGCAAGCUCGCGGUGAACCCGGGGGAGAUCUGUGGGCUGCGGAUGCGAUCUGCUUGCUCCUCUUCAGUGUUGCUUUGUUACCAAGUGCCUUUGGAUCCAUCCACAUCCUCUCCCAAAGCGUCGAUGCACGCUGGAACGGGACUUGCCUUUCGUCCAUCCAUGGCUGCGUGUUGCUUUGCACAAGGCUUUUCAUUCACAUCCCAUUCCUGUUCUGGAAGGGCAUGAACGCAACUCGAAAGCGGAUCCUCGUGCACCACGUCAUGGUAAUUUUGGUGUAUGGUACUGGACUUGUGAAAGGCAGUAUGCACUUCUGGGGUGCAAUAGCAGGGCUCUGCGAGUCCAGUAACAUUUUCUUGGCCAAUGUGGAGCUAGUGAAGUGCUGCGGCGAUGUACAGCGCUUGAAGCAGACAGUCCUUUACAAGCUGAACUCUGCUUGCCUCACGCUCGCGUACAUCUGUUGUCGACUGGUUCUUUUCCCAGCGGUGCUCGCAGCUUUGCUGACAGAUGCGUACACACAUCCUGAGUUGACAGUGCGGAGCAGUGUUCUCGAAUGGGUCCUCAUGCCAAUGGCCAUUUGCUGCGUUUGGGGCAUGUCGGCCUUUGAGUUCCGGAACAUCUUCGAAGGAAUGUCCAAGGCCAUGGACCUGAAGGUCAAGAGUGCAUCCAGCUUGCUUCAACUGGAGAUUUGGCUUGCAGUCUUGGGCUUGCUUGUUGGUCACUGCCUCUUCUAA